AUGCAAGCAGAACCACCGGCAGCGGAGGUGUUCACGGACUACUCCCAAUGGGAGCGGAGACCCUGCACAAAGUCAUGGACCACCACCAGUGGAGGAUGGAGCACCACCGGUCGAGGCAGAGUAGGCCUAGGGAAAACAACACACUCCAAGACCUGCAGACAGGAUGCUCUGAAGCACCGCAGCGUCUUCCAGUGUCCCCACAGUAGUCACUGCGGCCACAAAAAGACACUGGCCCAGCCUCGGCAGAUCAGCACCUGUAUCACUAGUCCGAGGAGAAAGAUUGAAAAGGCAAAAUCAUCCACCGUGACAGCCAGGCAUUCCAUGAAUCAAAUGCAGUUAAAGGUUAGACAGAAAUCAGUUCAAGAAUUCAGACAAUAUAAAGAUGACUUACUGGCAGCUAAUUUAGAACUGAUAGGGACCAUUCGGAAAGGUGAAGAUGAAAAAAACGCUGUGGUCCAAGAACUACUUGAAAAGUACAGAAAAUCGAGAGGGUCAGUGGCAGCUCUGAAGAAGAAGACCCACAGAGACACGAAGGAGAUUCAGACUGAGCUGGAGAGAACAAGGCAAUGGGUCCUCCAGAAAGAAAAUGAACUCCACGAGGAACUGCGUGAGACGGAGCUCUUGCUCCAGGCAAAGAUCAAAGAGCGGGACAUACUCAAGAGUUUCAAAGAGAAGAAGUUUAUGGUGAACCAGGCUACAAUAGAUCAACUGAGAGAUGAAAUGAGAACUCACGCACACCUCAGCAAGGAGAGAAUAGCAGGACUGGAGGCUGAGAUGGCAGAGGAGAGACACAAGUGCCAGAGGAUGGUGGACCAGAUCAGGAGAGAGAUUGAGGCCCAGGCUACUGAGAAGUGUAUUGACGUGAUGAAGAGAAGUGUCAAGGAGAAAGGAAUUCAGAACAGAAUCAUGGAAAAGGAGAUUGAAUUGCAUCGUUACAAGGCAGAGACAAUGAGGCAGUCCAUGCAAGAUCUCAGAGAAAGGAUUAGUCAGCUUAAAGUUGAAGUAGAGGUGGACAAAGCAAGAGUUCGCCCUCUAGUUCUACUAGAAAAGUGUCUACCGGACACGGAGCUACAUCUGAAUAUUCCAGUCCAAGACUCUUAGCUAUAGAGACAUUUCAAGAAUCCUCGUCUCAAUUUAAUUCAUUGUGGGUCACUUUAAUCAUAGCAUACCCAGCCGUUCAGACGAGGCAUAUCAUUUGUGACGUAGGCAAUGAAACUCGUCGACACUGAUGAAUUGUAUCAGCUGUUACACUAUUGCUAGGCAACAGAAAACGUACACACAUGCCCACACAUGAGGGCACCACACACACAUAAAAAAAAUAAUAACACCCAAACCUAGAAUACGACGAUUACUUUUUCAAGUGUUUUUGUGUCUUCCAUGUGAUUUCUUGUGGCUUUUUCUAUUCCUGGAUGACUUGUGAGGUUUCUUGCCGGAACUGCCAGAGGCUGGGCGGGGCGAGUGUUCAGAUGUGAUGCUAGAAGAAGAGGCCGAGGAAGGGGGUGAGGUUUUACUGGUUGGACUGACUGGUGUACUGGGACUGGGAGACAAUGUCUCUUGUAGUGGCUUGGUGGGACUUGGAGUGUGUUGUGUAGUGUUCUUUGAUUUGGGGGUGUUGGGUCCAGCGGAAGAUGGUCUGGUAUGAGUGGAUCUGCCAGUGGUACUUGGUUCAACUUUACUUGGUUUAGAAUUGCUAUCACCCACACCACUGACUCCUGCACCACAAGUAGGCUGUGUACAGGACUCAACAUUGGGACUCUGUGUCAGUUUGGGUGUUUGGGAGAAUAUGGCCCCCACAAGGUCACGGUGAUGACUGCUAGGAACCACCUCCUUUAUCUCAACAGCACCUACCUCUUCUAUACCCUCAUUGACAUUGCCUUCGAUAGCCCCUCUAUUCUCCACUGUUUCCUUCUGUACUGUGUCCUUUUCUCUAAAUGAAUUGUCUGUUUUUUGACCGGUAGUGUCAGCUGACAUUUAGCAGGGGUUUUAUUCCUCGGGUCUGUAAGAGAAGGGCACGGAUUAGCAGAUGCAUCAGAGUUUGAUGAUCUCUUGCAUUCAGAGAUGCUAGAGAGAGGUGACGAAGUUCUUUUCACGACAGGAGGACAAUCUUUAGUUGUCUGUGAUAAAUCUGGUAGUGAAGAUGGGGGCGGCAAUUGUGGCGGUGGUUGGACAGCAGUGGCAGUAUAUCCAGCUGGGAGACUGGUCUUACGACUCAGUCCAGUUCUACUUGACACUCUGGUGACUCCACUAGAUGGUCUGACAGACUGGGCAGCAGAGUUGGCUCCACCAUUUGACGACCUAACACCAGGCUGGUGAGGGUUGUUUGGCUGGAGGCUAGAAGAAGCAGUACUGUUUUGAGUACUGGCAUUAGCACCGGUUGUAUUGGCCGCAGCAUUACGUCUGGCUAUUCUUAUUCGGCACUCUUCAAGCUUGGCCGUCUCCCUCUGGAGUCCAGCCAUCUCAGCCAGUCUGAUGUUAAAUGUAUGGUCACCACCCACUAGGACGGGGUCUGGGUAUGGGAACGGCUCAUCCGGCGGUGCAAUCUUCUUGGGUGGUGCUGUCAGAGACCUGGCAAGUGGUCUGGACUGGAUAGUAACUGAACAUGCCUGUAUUGAGAACACUGGGGCUGUACUUGACUUUCUGUGUCUCUCCU